CCAGUGACCUACUCAAGAGAAUUUAUACCUGCAAACAGAAACCAUAUCCCCACCCCAGAGACAGCAAAGGUAUGGUCUCAUCUUGAACACAUUGCAGAUGAGAUAGCUCCUCAGCAAAGCUGUGAUGUUGGCCUGCUAAUUGGCUAUAAUUGUCCUCAAGCCCUAAUACCAAGACAAGUGGUGCCUGGUGAAGAAAAUCAACCCUUCGCACAGAGGACAGACUUGGGAUGGAGUGUUGUUGGCUAUGGUAAUCCAUGCCUCAACUAUGGAGAUGCAAUUGGAAUAAGCCAUCAAGUCAUAGUGAAGCAGGUGAUGCCAAGUGUGCAGUCUUCUUCAGACCUUACAAGUGAAGUGCAUUAUGUCUGUAGAACACAGAUCAAAGAAGUCAUCUUACCUGUAGAUGUCAUCAAGGUGUUGGAAUCUGACUUUGCUGAAAGAGCUUCUGAAGUUAGCUACAUCUCUCAAGAAGAUCGCAGAUUCUUAUCAACAUUGAAAGAGGGUAUCAAACUUAAGCGUGAUGGUCAUUAUGAAAUGCCACUGCCAUUCAAGAAGGAUAGACCCAACUUACCUGAUAACAAGGUGUGUGCCUUCCACCGUCUCAAGUGCCUGGAAAGAAAGCUGAGAAGAGAUGAACAAUACAAUAAGGACUACAAGAGCUUCAUGGAUGAGACUAUAACCCGUGGUGAUGCGGAAAGAGUCCCAAAGGAAGACAUGCAUAAAACUCCAGCAUGGUACAUCCCUCAUCAUGGGGUUUAUCAUCCACGUAAGCCUGGGAGAAUUCGUGUCGUCUUUGAUUGCUCCGCCAAGUUCCAAGGGACGUCUUUGAAUGACCAUCUUCUGACCGGUCCAGAGCUGACAAACACCUUGGUGGGAGUUCUACUUCGCUUUCGAAAAGGCCAGGUCGCAAUCAUGUGUGAUAUAGAGCGCAUGUUCCACCAGUUCCACGUGAAGACAGAAGACCAAGAUUACCUUCGAUUCCUUUGGUGGGAGAACGGAAAAUUUGAAGAACAACCUUCCACAUAUCGAAUGAAGGUCCAUCUUUUCGGUGCAGCUUCAUCACCUGGCUGUGCCAACUAUGGACUUAAGCACAUUGCAGCUGAAGGUCAAGGACGUUUCAGUGAAGACACCAUCAAGUUCAUACAGCGGAACUUCUAUGUUGAUGACGGCUUGUCAAGUGUAUCAUCCACAGGUCAAGCAAUCCAGCUAGUAAAAGAAGCAAGAGAGCUUUGCAGUACAGGCAAACUUCGAUUGCACAAGUUCAUCUCUAACAGUAAAGAAGUCCUUGCCACCAUUCCUAAAGAAGAAUGUGCUGAAGCUGCUACAGAAAGGGACAUGGCACUGGGUGAACUGCAGAUGGAAAGAGCCCUCGGUGUGCAGUGGUGCGUGGCUUUUGAUGAGUUCCAGUUCAGAGUAGUCAUCAAGGAGAGUCCAUUUACCCGAAGAGGAGUCAUGUCCACAGUUGCUUCAAUAUAUGAUCCUCUUGGAUUCGUGGCACCCUUCAUCCUAGUUGGAAAGCAGAUCUUACAGCAGAUGUGUCGGGACAAGCUCAGCUGGGAUGAUGCUUUACCCGAUGACCUGCAACCUCAGUGGGAACGAUGGCUCCAAGAUCUACAACAUCUGGUUAAUGUUAAGAUCCCAAGAUGCUACAUUCCAUCAAGCUUCAAGGCACAGCACUAUGAGCUUCACCAUUUCUCUGAUGCCAGUGUGUCAGGCUACGGUGCGUGCUCAUACCUCAGAGUAGUCAAUGAAUCAGGUGAGGUUCACUGCUCCUUGGUUAUGGGUAAGGCAAGAGUUGCCCCUACCAAAGUCACAACCAUACCAAGGCUUGAGCUGUCAGCAGCAGUAGUAGCCGUCCGCAUCAGUGACAUGCUCAAGAAAGAGCUGGACAUAGAGUGUCAACAAGAAUUCUUCUGGACUGAUUCUAUGGUUGUCCUUGGAUACAUCAAUAAUGAAGCCAGAAGAUUUCACGUGUUUGUAGCAAAUCGUGUGGAACGUAUCAGGCAAAGCACAAAAUUCUCUCAAUGGAGGUUUGUGGCUUCUGAAGAAAAUCCAGCAGACCACGCCUCAAGAGGUCUUGCAGUGGAGCAGCUUGUAUCCUCUGACUGGUUCACUGGCCCAAGGUUUCUGUGGCAGAAGGAACUACCAAGUACACAAGUAAAAAUGGAAGAAAUCUCAAGUGGUGAUCCUGAACUCAAGAAGGUCCAGGUCCACAAUGUUCAGGCAAAGGAAACAAGAUCAUUGUUAGAACACCUGCACAAGUUCUCCGACUGGUCCAGAAUGGUAAAAGCUAUCGCCAGACUCAAGCGCCAUAUAAAAGAAGUCAAGGGUCUCCAGGCAAGGUCCUGUAAAGCCACCAGUCUUGAAGAAAGGAGAGAAGCAGAGCUGUUCAUAAUUAAGAUGGUUCAAGAAGCAACCUUUUCAAAGGAGAUACAGUAUCUCCUGAGACAUAAAGAGACACAAGUCAAAGGCAACAGGCUAUACAGGUUGAGUCCGUUUAUUGAUGAACAAGGUAUUCUUAGAGUGGGAGGCCGUUUAACCCAUGCCGCUUUACAUCCACAUAUUAAACAUCCAGCAGUCCUUCCAAAGGACAGUUAUGUAUCAGCAUUGCUCGUCAAGCAUUAUCAUGAGAAAGUGCUCCAUCAGGGACGAGGAAUGACCUUGAAUGCACUCCGAUCCAGUGGCAUAUGGAUGCUUGGCUGCAGCAAGGCAGUAUCAUCACAUGUCUACAACUGCACAACAUGCAGGAAGUUCCGAAGAAGCCCAGAACAGCAAAGGAUGGCAGACCUCCCAGAGGACAGGAUGCAAACCACCCCUCUAUUCACCUAUUCUGGGAUGGAUUGUUUUGGACCAUUCUAUAUUAAGGAAGGAAGAAAGGAGCUAAAGCGUUAUGGGCUGUUACUUACCUGUAUGUGUUCCAGAGCAGUGCACAUCGAGAUGCUAGACAAUCUGACCACAGAUGCAUUCAUCAACGCUCUGCGUUCAUUCAUCGCUAUUCGUGGAAUGGUACGCCAGAUAAGAUGUGAUCAAGGCACAAACUUCAUCGGCGCUAGACGAGAGCUUGCUGAAGCACUGAAAGAAAUGGAUCAGGAAGAGCUCAAGGAAAUUGGAUGUGAGUUCAUUAUGAAUACCCCAGCCUCAAGUCAUAUGGGUGGAGUCUGGGAAAGACAAAUUCGCACCAUCAGGAGCGUCUUAACAUCAAUCAUGGAACAGUCAGCCAGACAACUUGACUGCUCGUCUUUACGAACAUUCCUGUAUGAAGUCAUGGCAGUUGUCAAUAGCAGACCUUUGACUACUGAUUGCCUUAAUGAUGCAUCCAGCCCAGAGCCCCUUACCCCAAACCACAUCUUGACAAUGAAGUCAACGAUUCUCGCUCCACCUCCUGGAAGGUUCGUUAAGGAAGAUCUCUACCUCCGCAAGAGAUGGCGUCGUGUUCAGUUCUUGGCCAACCUCUUCUGGAGGCGAUGGAAGAAGGAGUACCUUCUGAAUCUCCAAUACAGACAGAAGUGGACAAAAGACCGCAGAGAUGCAAGGGUCAAUGAUGUUGUUCUGUUGCAGGAUGAUAACACAGCACGUAACCAGUGGAAGAUGGCAAAGGUCAUCGAAGUAUACCCUGGAAAGGAUGGAAGAGUGAGAAGAUUGAAGUUGCUUAUUAGUGACUCCAGCCUUGAUGAGAAGGGAAAGCGUAUCUCCAAACCUGUCCACCUAGAGAGGCCUAUCCAUAAAACAGUGACACUUCUGGAAGCAAACUGAAGACUCUAGUCUUCCCACCUUCUCCUAUCUUUUCUUUCUCUUUCUUCAUACUCUAUCUCUAUCUAGAUGCAACCUUGUGACCAUUAUUGGAGAAGUCAAAACUGAAGCUAUAAUUUAUUUAUUUUAUUGUUAUUUUUCUUCAUCCUGAGUAAUUUAGAGUUAGAAAUCAUAAAUUUGGUGGGAGUGUAACUGCAUACCUGGGCAGUGUAUUUUAUUUCUACUUUAAGAGCUGAGGCGGAACUACAUGUCCAAAAAGGUUUCCUGGUGGGACCUGUUAUAUGCACGGACAGGUAGCAGAAUGGGCAUUUUCAUGUCUUUUCCUAAGUUAAAUUUAAGUGUUUAAAGGUGUGUUCACAUGGUAAGGGACACUGUAAAGGAAGCCAUACCCCUCCCUGAGUUAUUUAUGCAGCCAAUGAGGUUUGUGUUACUCUUUUUUGUAUUAUUGUUUUAAGAAAGAUUAAUGAGUGUAUUGGUGCUACUGUUUCUAGUAUCUGCUAAAAUACAUAAAUGAAACUUAAUAUGCAAUUUCAUGCUGUUCAUGGUAGUUUAUAUGCAAAGUUGUAAUUUUGUUUAUCUUAUUGUUGUAUCAUUUUUUGUAUUACAGUUUUCACGUUUAGGAAUAAACCCCUAAUCAGUGUAUUAAGAACAGUUGUGCUGUCGUCAUUAUAUCAAAGGGAGGCAUAGGUAUAGCACACUGAAUUCGAUGCACUCUGAAUGGUUCUCUUUCAAAAUGUAAAAGAUAAUGCAGCCUUUUUUCACUUUUAUGGAAAAUCUUUCACUUGCAGCAAUUCCAGAAUAAUGGUAAAAUGUUUCCCCCUGUAAGAUUGGAACAUGCUCCUUAACCAAAUUUACACUAAUAAAUGAUACAAGACCAUAUGCUGUGUGCUAAGCUCUUUGUGUUGUGUGUUCGAGGAAUUUAGAUUCCCCCCCCUUAAUUAUGUCACCUAUAUAAAGAUAUAAACUUUGUCUAACUAA